ACGGUCAGCACCGCUUCGUCCAGCUCUGCAGCAGCAUCUCUGUCAUUUGCUGAAUCGGCAUCAACCGACGCUGAUUAAACAAGCGCAGCGGCCACGGUGAAAAAUAUGGGCAACACCGCCACGUCUCCUUCGAUGAGUACAGGCACUGCAAGCUCGAAGCUAGAAAGGGAACCGACAGUCGUUAACACCUACAUCGCGGCGGGAAACGCUACGAGGGCCACCGCUUCAAGAUCAAACACAGGUGCAAAGGUCAAAUUUCUUGACAGCAUCGAAGAGACAUUCACGAUGUCGUCAACAGUCUCUUCGACGGAUACAUCCCUGUCAGCCAAUAUUUCCAGCGCAACAGGAUCGCCGAUCCCAUCUCCGAGUACAAUCUCGACAGUAUCAGACAGCACCAACGAUAUAAUGACUACAGUUUCUAGUUCGGCUGACCCUAUUAACGCUGGUGCAGCUUCUUUCACUGAAGCCUCGAUGACUACCACGUCUAGAGUGUCUACGGCUGGAGGUGCCGCCACAAGUGGAGCAAGCGUGCUAACCACGUCCUCCGGUGCAACCUCAAGUGCCGAUGAGAUUCCCAGCACGACCGUCGCCGAAGCGCCGGCCUCAUCGGUAACGCGCACCGUGUCGUCCUACACUCUCCGUGUCGAGCCGUCAGGCGGUGCGGGUACGUUGUCGACCUACAUCCCAGCGACCAUGACGAAAGUCUCCGUGGACGGAUUCGCAUCGACGAGCACCGCGACGCUGAGUGCAUCCUCCGUCUUCGCCGAUGAUGAUGGCUCCCUCACGACGGCAUACAUGUUGCAGACGGUCAUCGUUGUGCCCGGUAAUGCAACAAAGAGCGUCAUCGAAGUCGUCUCUGCCAGCUCGAGGGUUCAAGGUAUACUCUCGGGUCCAAAUUUUGCGCCUUGUGCUUUUCCUUUGCCGAGCACGGGCAACAUUAACAUGGUCUUUGUGCUCGUCAUCACUUUGCUCAGUGCAUUUGGCCUGCUCUCGUAAAUCGUUUCACAUCACUACUCUCUGACAAGGCCUAUUCCAUGGAAUCGCAGUUCAAAAGCAACGAAUCAGUUCGUUGGAGACUUCUUUUCUCUCAGCCAUUGCAAAAUUCAACUCCUCGCAUCACG